CGAUGGGAUCGAAAUGUGUGGACGAUCCUCACAUUUAUAGGAACUGAAGAGAGAGCAAGUGCGCUGCUGCAGUCACUGUCCAGCCAGCCAGCCAGCCACACUAUACACUCGCACUCCUCCACUCACUCACUCACCCAAUAUUUUUAGUUUCGCAGGAGGGUUUCCGUCCAAAAAUCCAAUCAAUUAUUAGUUUUCCUCGUCGUCGUCUUAUCCACUUGCACCAUUGUCCUACUUUUGGUUGGAUUGGAGAGCAAUUGCGAGCGGCCUUUGAACCGUCCUCCUCCUCGCCUGUGUGCCGUGAUUUUAUAUAGUACGUGAUUUGUAUGCCCAUACUAAAUUAGUAUUACUAAUUAAGUUGGGCAGACCAAACGUUUGUAAAAGUUACAACAGUAGAAAUAGUAAUAUUAUUAUAGUGUCGUGGGAUUGUUUGUUGGUGGCCGUGUCGAGAUGAGCGGGUUGAACAGUUUGUUUUCCUUCACGAGUCCAGCGGUGAAGAAGUUGCUGGGGUGGAAGCAGGGGGAUGAGGAAGAAAAGUGGGCGGAGAAGGCGGUCGACUCGCUGGUCAAAAAGUUGAAGAAGAAAAAAGGGGCCGUGGAGGAGUUGGAGCGAGCACUCUCAUGUCCGGGCACUCCCUCCAAAUGCGUCACCAUCCCCAGAAGUUUGGAUGGGCGGCUGCAGGUGUCUCAUCGGAAAGGAUUACCACACGUGAUUUACUGUCGUGUCUGGCGAUGGCCGGACCUUCAAUCUCAUCAUGAGCUGAAACCCCUUGAGAUUUGCCAAUUCCCAUUCUCCGCCAAACAGAAGGAAGUUUGUAUUAAUCCAUACCAUUAUAAACGUGUCGAAAGUCCGGCCGUUCUUCCACCCGUUCUCGUUCCACGCCACUCGGAGUUUGCUCCACCGCCAAAUGGACUAUUGACUUAUUCCCCUGUUCCAGAACCCCCGAUGCCACAUAACGUUGCGUACUCACAGAAUGGAUUUUCUCAUAGUGGAGGACCGACUUCGCCACCAAUGAGUAUCCCAAGCCCCGGAAGUUCCAUCUCACAGCCGCCACACAGCCCUUAUGCCAACUCAUCCAUGACAGAAAGCCCUCCGCCCGCAUACUCACCAUCCGAGGAUGGUCAUGGACCAAUGGGAGAUAACUCGAUGGAUACCAUUCCUCCAGGCGUCUCCGCUGUUCCAUUUCAGGAACCAGACUAUUGGGCUAGCAUUGCAUACUACGAGCUAAACAGCCGAGUUGGAGAGGUGUACCAUUGUCACAAUUCAAGCGUGGUAGUUGAUGGGUUUACUAAUCCUUCCAACAAUCUCGAUCGGUUCUGUCUUGGACAACUUUCAAAUGUCAACAGGAAUUCCACCAUUGAAAAUACUCGCAGACACAUUGGCAAAGGUGUGAGAUUGACCUACGUUGGUGGAGAAGUUUAUGCAGAAUGCUUGUCAGACUCUGCAAUUUUCGUCCAAUCUCGCAAUUGCAAUCACAGCCAUGGAUUUCAUCCCUCAACCGUGUGCAAGAUUCCUCCUGGCUGCUCUCUCAAAAUUUUCAAUAAUCGCGAGUUUGCCUCACUACUUGGACAAUCAGUUAAUCACGGAUUUGAAGCUGUCUAUGAUCUCACUAAAAUGUGUACCAUUAGAAUGUCCUUUGUAAAGGGUUGGGGGGCUGAGUACCACAGGCAGGACGUGACAUCUACUCCUUGCUGGAUCGAAAUUCAUCUCCACGGUCCACUUCAAUGGUUGGACAAAGUUUUGGUAGAAAUGGGCUCUCCUCACUGCGCGAUCUCUUCUGUAUCUUAAAUAACGACUCUUGAAGCAAUUUAGCCAUUUUUUUUGUUUUUCUUAGUCUUCGACAAUAUUAUAUAUACGAUACUAUAUAUUCCAUACAUAAGAAAUGUAGGCUGCGAGAGAGAUUAUAUAAGAGCUUCCCCUAAUUAUGAACGAGCAGAAAGAAUUGUUGUUUAUGUUGAUCCUGUGUUUGUUUAUAAUUGAUGAUGACAUUUCUUGUGCAAAUGAAUAAAUAAUCUCACGAGUUUGCUGGAUUAAUAUAAAACAA